AUUAAUACUCUUCUCCGAUAGCAAACAUUAUUUUAAUAAGCAGUGUGUGUUUGUCGCGACUGUUUUUCACUCCUACGCAUUGUUAACGUGAUUGUUUGUUUGAAGUUCUUGCGUGUAAAAUGUGCCAAUGGGCGUUGCUGUCGAGGGCAGUUUUCCAGAAUCGAAUGUAGGCAGAAGUUUUCACUUCGUUUGGACUCCCAAAGAUUCGCAAUGAAACCCAACAAUAGAAUUCAAGACCACAGAGUCUUAGAUGAUUGGUCGGAAGCUUCAAUCAACAGCACGUUGGAAGCUGGUGGACUCGAUCUACCUAUAGACAUGAGAUUUAAUGACGGACAUAGGUUAUCCAUAAUUGUGUACAGUAUAUUAAUGGUGUUUUCCGCCAUUGGAAACAUUACAGUGUUAGUGUUGCUUAUACGAAGAAAAAGAACUACACCUUCGAGAAUAAAUAAUAUGUUGGUUCAUCUUGCUAUUGCGGAUCUCUUGGUGACAUUUCUCAUGAUGCCCUUAGAAAUUGCAUGGGCCAUAACAGUGUCCUGGAUGGCUGGAGACGCUAUGUGCCGAAUUAUGGCUUUCUUUAGAAUAUUCGGCGUGUACUUAUCAAGUUUUAUUCUAGUCUGCAUAAGUCUAGAUAGAUAUUACGCUGUUCUAAAGCCUCUAAACUUUUCUGGUGGUGAUAGAAGAGGGAAGGUUAUGCUCAUUUCGGCUUGGAUGGGUUCCACUAUAUGCAGUAUACCACAGAUGUUGGUUUUUCAUCUGGAAUCUCAUCCAAAUGUGACCUGGUAUAAGCAAUGCGUUACUUACCAUGUCUUUCCGUCAGAUAUGUAUGAACUUAUGUAUAACUUCUUUGGAAUGACAACGAUGUACACCUUUCCUUUGGUUGUAAUUAUUUACUGUUAUGGAUCAAUUCUUCUGGAAAUCUUUCGUCGAACACGAGAAACUAUUGGAGAUUGUAGAAUUCGACGCUCAAGCCUUGGAUUUUUAGGAAAAGCAAAAAUCCGAACUCUGAAGAUGACCAUAAUAAUUGUUCUGGUGUUCAUCAUCUGUUGGACUCCAUAUUAUGUAAUGUGCGUUUGGUACUGGAGUGAUCGAGAAUCCGCCCUGAAAGUAGAUCAACGAAUUCAAAAAGGGCUGUUUCUCUUCGCCUGCACGAACUCGUGUAUGAACCCAAUUGUCUAUGGGGCAUUUAAUAUACGUACCCGACGUAGGAGCGAACAGGUGAGGCCACGAUUGAACACACUUAAUUCAAGAAACAGCAGAGUCUCCGUUUCCACGGCCGACACAAGGGUGCCACCUGUUGAAAAAAUAUUAAAGGCUCCAGAAACAAACCAUCAUCAAAACAGAAACAGCGUCAAAAAUGAUAAAGAUAUUAUAUGCUUAAUAUCAUGGAGGAAGCCCGAGAAUGUAAACAACACAAAAAGGGAUAUUUGCCUAAGUUGCGGUGAGUCGUUUGAAGUUGUGAACGGCGUUGCUACCCUUUGCUCUAUGAAACAUAAUCCUUAGAUUUUAAGGCUGACUUGUAAUUUAUUUGUGAUUUUAUUAUGUAAAUCGUGUAAAAUAUACAAAGUUUGUUAUAAU